UGAAAUUCACGCAAGAACUGGCACUCUCAGUUACAUCCUAAUCCAGUGAAUUUCAAAUUGUGUCUUGAUAAACACCAGUGUAUUUACUUAGAGUGAAUAACUUGUAUUAAAAGGUGUUUCUAUUGAGAACGUUACGAAAAGAAGUUGUGUUGUGUAUCCAAUGGUGAUAAAUGUGUUUAUAAUCGUGCGAAAAACUCAAAAAUCACGUGGGAGAUUCAUUCCCAGUAAUGUCAAAAUUAUUUUUCCUUUCAGAAUAUCAAAGUUAUUCCAAAUACUUGAUUAAGGAGUGCGAAUCUGAAUCAAAUGUGUAUCUGAGCGGUUCCCACGAGACCUUGUAUUCGAAAUUUAUGAAUAUUAGGGAGUUUUUUCAACAGAAGUAGUGGAGUGGAACAGUCUUCGUGAAGGAAACCAUGGGUUAUCCCACAUCUAAAAAUGAGCAAACACAACUGUAUAGAUAUAAUUUCCUGGUGGUGCUAUGGUUUUCGAUGAUAUUUAGGAUAGCUGAUGGAAUCAAUUUAUCCGAUGUAACGCAAUAUACACUGCCAGCAUAUGCGAUUGCAAGUAGAGCGGAGUUACUGCCUCGAUCGAGUCUGUGUCACCAAGAGUUGAAACUCUUCAAAGAAGCAGUCGAUAAUCGUACACUAUGGAGCUUACGGAUGUUGGAUUCCAGCGGACAACCAAAAUCAGGUUUUUUGUACGGAAACAAUUACUGGCUAGGCAGUGAACACCAAUGUUACGACACAUUGAACAGUGCACCUUUCGCCUUGAGUCCAAAAAUAUUGGAGAACAAUAGUAUCUAUAGGAAAUCAGAGGAAGAAUUGGCACCAUUCAAAUUGAAUUUUUUCGCUGUGUAUAUUGUACAUAAUAGCACAUUGCAAUACCACGUGAAACAACCUGAUGAAAAUUUGAUAACAUUGGGAUUAUGUCUUCCUGCUACAUGCAGUACUGGAGAAUUGAGCCAAAUUUUGGUAAAAAUUUUUAAUGAAAGGACGCUUCUAAUCGGUCAUCUCAAUAGAAUGGACUUCAAACUUCAGGAAGUGAAGAAUCUCACUUAUGAUCUUCACCACUUUGUUAAUUUCCGUAUGAUUUUUAUGGGAUUACUGAUAAUCAUAACCAUGUUGAUCAUCAUUGUUGCAACCACCUAUGACCUUUGUGUCCAUCAAAAGUAUUUGCGAGUAAAGGACUUGCGUGAUAACUUUGGGAAUAAUGAUGCUGUUUCCCACAAAGGAUUAUCUGAAACAACUUCGUCCAGGAAAGCCACAAAAAUACUGAUGUGUUUUUCGGCUUACACUAAUUCCAAAGAUAUAUUCACAAUAUCCAAGAAAGAGGGUUCAAUUGAUGCUCUCCAUGGCAUUAGAGUUUUAGGAAUGGGGUGGAUGAUACUGCUGCACACGUUAUUAUUCGGAGAAUCAUUCAUGGAUAAUAAAACCAUGGCGUAUCGGAUGAUUCAAUCAUUACCAUUACAAGUUCUCAGUAACGGCUCGGUGUCAGUUGAUACUUUUUUCUUCAUGAGUGGAUUUUUAUUGGCUUAUACAUUUCUUGAGAGUGCAAGAAAAAAGAGCGAGGAUUCAAAGAAUAUCUCGUGGCAAAUUUUUUUCCAGCGAAUUAUAAGAAGAUACUUCAGGCUCACUCCUCCCUAUGUGAUAAUCAUUGGCACUGCUGAUAUAGUUUUUUCAUGGUAUGGCAAAACCUCACAGUUCUACAUACAUGAAAGGCCUUAUGAAACUUGUCCCUCAUAUUGGUGGAGAAAUGUCUUUUACAUAAAUAAUCUGUUCAAACGUUCAGAAAUGUGUUUAUACUGGAGUUAUUAUCUUUCCAAUGACAUGCAAUUCUUCAUCAUUGGCUCCUUUUUGCUAUUUUUAUCACAGAGAUACCAUUACACAGCAGUAGGAAUCUUCUCCACAAUGUUCCUCGUAACUACUAUUGCAGCAGGGGUCAUAACUUAUAUGUCUGACUAUGCACCUACUGUGGAUGAGCAGCUGAAUACCCUGGAUAUCUUCUAUGAUCCUCCGUGGAUGCGUAUCGGGCCGUACCUGGUCGGACUGGCGACCGCUUAUAUCUUGAUCACUGUAUUGAGGAAGAGAUUGAAUGUGAAAACGAAGACUUUGUGGCUUUUCUGGUUCCUCGGUCUUUCUUGUAUUGUUCUCGUACUCUUCGGUCUCUACGAAAGGCGAAUACCUAUUGUUCCAACAUCCUUCUACAUCGCUUUGUAUAGAACCGUUUGGAGCCUUGGGAUUGCAUGGAUAGUAGUGGCGUGCAGUACAAAUCACGGCGGUAUCAUUAACAGAAUAUUAUCCUUCAAAAUUUGGCAGCCAUUCAGUAAAUUGUCAUACUGUGCCUAUUUACUCAAUCCGAUAUUGAUUGCUGUUCUUCAUUUAAGCAGUGAAGCGUCGCUCCAUGCGGAGCUUAUCCCGCUCGCAUACGUUGCCUUCGGCGUUUUCGUCAUAUCGUAUCUGGGUGCCUAUUGUCUAUCGGUGAUGUUUGAGCUACCAUUUUUUUUACUCGUGAACAUUUAUUUCGACAAAAAAACCAAGGGAAAAAAUUGACCACCGAUGAAUAACAUAGCUUCAAAGAAUUUUAUCAUGGAAUAUUUGAAAUAUACGAACAUCAAGAUUGUAAUUAUUGGAAUCCUUGAAAUAAAUUAAGCUAAACUUUA